GUGUGUUGUAGCUGGAACCGUCAUCAUUGCGUCGGAGUGGAGUUGCCGCGGCAGCCCUGAUGGGGCUCAGGAGGAGAGUGGCAAUGGAGAGGGACUGGCAGAUGGGGCCGACCGUGGAUUGGACGGGGACCCCGAAGGCGUGUGGAGUCCAGACAUCGAGCAGAGCUUUCAGGAAGCUUUGGCCAUCUACCCCCCUUGUGGCAGGAGAAAGAUCAUUCUUUCAGAUGAGGGCAAGAUGUAUGGUCGAAACGAGUUGAUCGCUCGUUACAUAAAGCUGCGAACGGGGAAGACGCGUACCCGCAAACAGGUAUCUAGUCACAUUCAAGUUUUGGCACGUAAGAGGGUGCGAGAGUAUCAGGCCAGCAUCAAGGUCUCUAGUCACCUGCAAGUCUUGGCCAAGAGAAAGUCUCGUGAGAUUCAGUCUAAACUGAAGGCCAUGAACUUGGAUCAGGUAUCCAAGGACAAGGCACUCCAGACGGUGGCCAACCUCUCGUCAGCUCAGAUUGUGUCAGCGAGUGUAAUGAAACCUCAGACCUCCUUCCCUCCGCCAGUCAGAGUGAGACAAAAAUUAAAGUUUUGGCCUGGCCCUGUUCCCGGACAGCCUGGACAUUCUCAGGACAUUAAGCCCUUUGCACAGCCUCCAUACACCACACUACCAGCACCUGUCCCCCCACCUAUCAGUUACGAAGCCUUGCCACCCCCUCGGCCUGCAGCGAUCGCAGCUCCUGUAUGGCAGGACAGAACCAUCGCUUCAGCAAAACUACGGCUACUUGAGUAUUCUGCCUUUCUGGAGACCCAACGAGACAGAGAGACGCAUAAACACCUUUUUGUUCACAUUGGGCCCUCAAACCCUGGCUACAGUGACCCCGUGCUGGAGUCUAUAGAUGUGAGGCAGAUUUACGACAAGUUCUCAGAGAAGAAAGGAGGACUGAAGGAGCUGUACGAAAAAGGGCCACACAAUGCUUUCUUUCUCGUCAAGUUCUGGGCCGACCUGAGUGGCGACAUCGAGGAGGGCUCCGGUGCGUUCUACGGAGUGAGCAGCCAGUACAGUGGAUCUGAAAACAUCACCAUCAGUGUUUCUACAAAAGUCUGCUCUUUUGGCAAACAGGUCGUGGAGAAGGUGGAGACUGAGUACGCCCAUUUGGAAGGAGGGAAGUACAUUUUUCGCAUCCACCGUUCACCCAUGUGUGAAUACAUGAUCAACUUCAUCCACAAACUGAAACAUCUACCAGAGAAGUACAUGAUGAACAGUGUACUGGAGAACUUCACUAUUCUACAGGUGGUGUCCAACAGAGAAACUCAGGAGACUCUGCUGUGCAUUGCCUUCGUGUUCGAGGUGUCCACCAGCGAACACGGAGCACAGUACCACGUGUAUCGACUAGUCAACGACUAGCAGCGUGUUGCCUGCUUGCAGAGACUCGUAGACCAUUUGAUACAAACAGCUUAAAACACUAUUUCCAGCUCAACACACAGAACUUUUUCUUUACUUGUUUUUUUUUUUUUUUUAAUCAGACCAACCGUCACAUUGUAGUCAUACCUGUUGCUUGUUUGUGUAUUUUAUUUGCAGCAAAUAUAACUGAAUCAGCCAGCAGUCACAGAAAUGAUUAAUGUUUAGUGUCCGUUUUCUGAUUUGGAAUCAGAUUUUUAUUAUGCUGUCAGAUAUUUUUACAAUUCUAACGUGAAAAAAAAGGCUAAAUAGUGUUGAAACUUUUGUUUUUAAUUUAAACAAAACACGGGACUGUUUCUGUGACACAAAUAAUGAUUGUUGUGGUUUCCACAGAACCUUCCCAGCACAUACAGUUACAUCAUGGUUAAGACUGACAUGAGACGAGUUUGAAUAUAUUUCAAUUCAUUUACCGAGUGUUUAUAUUACCUGCCACAUUGGUUAUUUCUUCUGCGAUUUGUAGUAUUAUCAGGAAGGUACAUAUCUUCUGUUACAGCUUAGUGUGAAAACAUGAACUUCCUUCAUUUUAAUACACAGUGAUCAUAUUGCAAAAAAGUCUGCCUCCUUUCAGAAAAUAACGCACUACAUGUAAAGACGUGCAUGUUAUAUUUAUUUCUUAAACGCUAUCAGAGUGAGAGAGUACACAUUUUUUAUAUAAGUUUUUCUUUUAAUGUUUUUCAGAGGUACACAGUGUGGAGGGAAAGUGUCAAAUGUGCAUAAAAUAUUGGCUGACACUUGUUUGGAAAUGACAAGUGUCUGAAUUCAGUUUAUAAUUUUUAAUGAGAUUUCCUUUUCUUUUUUCUUUUCUUUUUUUCCCUGAUUGUGUGGAUUUGCUGGAGUAUUUCUACCUCCACACAAGUUAGGAUGGAAAUGUGCUUUUGAUUCUUAAAGCUGAAGCUGAGGAGCACUGAUGUGUACACUACACUUGUAAUGGUACUGUUUAUAAAMAAAAACUAAGAUUUAUAGCUGCACUUUUUUUUUUAUCCUAAGGUGUUUAUUUUGUAUUUCACCACUGCAAAGAGAAAACAUGAUGUGUAGGUGGUUGAUGGAUGGUACAGACCACGUUAGGGGCACCCACAGUGCAUUCUGUUUGAUAACACUAAACUGUCCAGCUGACAUGUUACAUCUAGUACAAUUGUAGUUUGCCAUCAUCAGUGUGUGCAUGGGUGAAUGUCUGAAGUGUGAAGYGCUUUAAGUGUCCUGGAUGGAGAAAGGCGCUAUAUAAGUACAGUCCAUUUACCAUUUAAUAUUUUGUUUUUGUUUACUGGUACACACCGUUACCAACCUGCUUUUUUUCUUUAUAAUUUGACUCCAACACGCCUACAGCCUUAAAACGCCAGGAAAAUCWAGUUAUGCGACUCUCACGACGACGGGGCUGAAUUGUUUUUGUUUGAAACAAGCUUGUCAUUUUGUUUUUAUUAYGGAGUCAUCCAGAAGUGUUGUAUUUUAUUGUUGCUUUCCCAUUUGUGUACUUUCUCUGACUUUGUCUCAUGAUUCCUUUGGUCAUAAUGUGCUCAGAGGAUUAAAACUGUGCCUUUUAUGCUGAACCCGUAACAUCACAUGGUGGCCGAGAAAUCAGGAGAGAAAAUAUUCUUAAUAAAUUCAUAAGUAAAAUAUC